AUGCUGGCUCUCGCGGGCUCGUCCAACUCGGUCGCCUCGAUCGCCGUCCAAGCGGCACGAGUGCAGCUCCGCAACGACCUUGUCAAGGCUCAGACUCGCAGCGUCCACGACCUCACCAUCAAGCGGAAGACCGGCAAGCCCAUCAUCCGUCAGGGCCCCUACGGAGGCGGCCGGUCGUCGGUCUCUGGUCAUGUCGCCACCGUGUUCGGCUGCACCGGCUUCCUCGGCCGCUACUUGGUCAACCGUCUUUCGCAGAAGGGCACCCAGGUCAUCGUCCCUUACCGCGACGAGGACGAGAAGCGCCACCUGAAGGUGAUGGGCGACCUGGGUCAGGUCGUGCCGCUCGAAUGGGACAUCCGUAACGACCAGCAGAUUCAGGAGUGCAUCCGCCACUCCGACACGGUCUACAACUUGACGGGCAGGCAGUACGAGACCAAGAACUUUUCCUUCUCAGACGUCCACGUCACAGGCGCUCGCCGAAUCGCCGAGAUGGCAGAGGCGCUGGGUGCUUCCCGCUUCAUCCACGUCUCUCACCUCAAUGCCGACAAGGAUUCGCCGUCCGCCUACCUCAGGUCCAAGGCCGAAGGGGAGGAGGCCGUCAAGCGCGCUUUCGAGGGCGCCACCAUCGUCCGGCCCGGUACCAUGUGGGGCCACGAGGAUCGCUUCCUCAACCAGAUGGCCGUCUACCCGUACGCCUGGCGUGUCAACCAUGGCAAGACCAAGAUGCGCCCCGUGCACUCGAUCGAUGUUGCCGCUGCGCUGGAAAAGAUGAUGGACGCCGACGUCACCUCGAUGGGCCAGACCUUCUCGCUCGGCGGUCCAAAGACGUACACGAUCGGUCAGAUUCUGCAGCUGGUCGAGUCGCUCACCUUCCGCCCGUUGGUCAAGCCCGGUUUCAACACUCCUAAGAUUGCACUGCAGACAGUGGCACGGAUCGGCGAGCUGGCAUGGUGGCCCAUGCUCAACAAGGACGAAGUCAUCCGAAGGUACAUGGACGACCUUCCGGACGAGGCCGGCACCAAGAGCUGGGCGGAUCUCGCCAUCGAGCCCGACACGCUCGAGGAGACGGCAAUCGUCUACCUCAGGAGGUACAGGUCCGCCACGAGGUUCGAACAGCCCGUGCAGACUGGCGGCGCCCGGCUCAAGAAGCCCAAAUACCAGGUCCUCGAGUGA